CCUUUCAUAUACGUGAGCCCAGCAGGAAUGGUGUCACCUUUCACUUCACUGGUCGGCAAUCCAGACUUCCCGUCCUUCGUUGUGAACCCCAUGCUGGAGAUGAGACACCCCUUGACCUUCACCCAGCGAGCGAUCAGUACCUUGAGUGGUGCUGUGUUUGAUGGCAUCUUCAACUUCUACAUCGUGAGCAGCGUGGAGGCAGAAUGUCGACGGCGCGGGCUGUGUCCAGAUGAUAUGCCCAGCCUCUCGGAAAUGCGACGAAACAACAGCCUUUUGAUAAUAAACAGGUGCGUGGCAGCUGUUACAUUAGGCUUCCCUCACUUCUCGUACUCUUAAAUUCCAGGUAUUUGC